AUGGGCGUCGCAGUCCUUGAGGCCAAGGCACCACAACCAAUCUCCGCGCGGCGCGGAAUCUCCUCACCGUCUCCUCCCUGGCUCCGCAAAGACCUCCCUCGCCCACGCCAAACGCCGUCUCAGGUCCAGGCACAACGACAAUCCAUCCGCCAAGCUGCCCAGCUCCAAGCAGCCCAAGCAGAACUCGAAACCCGCCUACGCCAACUCUCCACGUCGGCGGGCCGAGCCGCCUUUGCCUCUACUCUUCAACGGUGGACAAACUUUGCCGACCAGAAGAUGUUUGAGGGUCUUUCUGCUCUGGCCCAGAUCGACGGUGACAUUCGCGCCGGCCGCGCUCCGCCCAUGCGCCAAUGUGUUAAUUCAAUUACGGUGGAGGGCGAGGAACGGGGCCGUGCAGAGGCGCGUGUCGCAGAGGCGUCUAUUGCGCGCAGGGUUUUCGCCCAGGCCAUUCAACUGCUUCGGUCGGGCGGAUGGGCGGGACACGAGACGAGUAUUGUGUUGGAUACGGAUGAGGCGCGAUGCAGGCUCAUUGAGAACUGCGUCGAAAUCGACAUGUGUAAAGGCGACCCGCGCCUGCAGUUUAUUUAG